UAGAUGGUAAGUGAGUUCGGCUGUAUGUGCUGUAGAGUGUGUAGUAGGGUGCGGUUUCUUGAGUCCAGCUGUAACCGGUUACCGGAGCCUCUCAUCACAUACACGGCAGCGCUGUAUGGUCAAACACCACAACAAUUAUUCUCCGGAGCGGCUUUAUGAUUAAGCUACAAUCUUCAAUGAGUAAGCAUAUUCCACAGUUCUGUGGUGUUUUGGGUCACACAUUUAUGGAGUUUCUGAAGGGCAGUGGGGACUACUGCCAGGCUCAGCACGGCGUUUAUGCAGAGAAGUGAACGGCUAGCCUUGCUACCUCAUCAGAAGAGAGACUUGUGUUACAGUUUUAACGUUGGCGGGAUCGGGCUUGGAGAGCGGGCGUCCACAGCGGUCGGCGGUUCUGGAUGGGGUAAAAAAAGUCUCCUGAAGUGCACUGCCCUCGUUGGCCCUUCACUCUCACCAGAGGACCAGCCUCGUUUUCUUUUGUUUUGGAUUUUCUCCCUAUUUUAGUUUUUUGUUCUCAGCUUUUACUCUUACCCCACCCCACCCUUUUUUUAACCAGAUUGUAUCCGCAAGAUUUUCUUUUGUUACUGGAGAGAGUUUCUCCCACUUUUCUUUAAUAUUUUCAAGCUAUUUUGAAAAGUCAAAAAUGGCUCGUAUGAAUAGACCUGCCCCAGUGGAGAUCACCUGCAAAAACAUGAGAUUCCUCAUUACCCACAACCCUACUAAUGCCACGCUUCACAAAUUCAUUGAGGAACUGAAGAAAUAUGGGGUGACGACAGUUGUUAGAGUGUGUGAGGCUACGUAUGAUGCAAACCUGGUUGUUAAAGAAGGCAUUCAGGUUCUGGAUUGGCCCUUUGACGAUGGAGCUCCUCCCUCUAACCAGAUCGUUGAUGAUUGGCUGAAUCUUCUUCGGCUUAAGUUUAGGGAGGAGCCAGGCUGCUGCAUUGCCGUACACUGUGUAGCAGGACUUGGAAGAGCCCCAGUGCUGGUUGCCCUGGCCCUGAUUGAGUGUGGGAUGAAAUACGAGGAUGCUGUUCAGUUCAUACGACAAAAGCGCCGUGGAGCAUUUAACAGCAAGCAGCUCUUCUAUCUGGAAAAAUAUCAUCCCAAAAUGCGUCUUCGAUUCAAGGACGGCCAUCGCCCCAACUGCUGCAUUCAGUAAAAGCUUGCGCAUCAGCCUUUCUCAAAUGUGUAAUGGGAAUUUGUAUCUAGCAUAAGUAUUUUGUUCUCUUAAUUGGUAACUGUGAAAAUACCGUAACAAAAAUUAAGCUUAUUUCGUUAUUAAGUGUCCCCUUCCCUCUUUGUUUUAUGUAUUUCCUGUGGAGAACCUCUGUCAGCAAGGUAAAGUGCUUGUUUGAACUUGAGCUUAGUGUUUUGCGAUGAAGUUUAUAUUGGUUGGUGAACAUGGUCAAAUCCCACCUCUGCCAAACACGUAGUAUGCUUUAUAAUCUAAAUGGUUUAAUUAAAAAAUAAUUGUUUAAUACAUUUUUUUUUGUUAUUGAUUUUUAGUCUCUGUAAUAAAUGCCUGCCUCCAAAAAGAUCUAAAAUAAAUGCCUUAUUACAGCAGAAAGAUGCCGUCUGGUGGAGCAGUUUUCUGUGGCAUUUGGAGAGGUUUCUCAAUUGUCUUUUUGUGGAAAAAAAAGAGAAAAAAAAAUAUCAGGAAGAGAGGAAAAAAAAUAGAGGAAAAUAAAAACUCUUUAUAUAAAUAUAUUGAAGGUUGGGGUACUAGUUUUUGUUGUUUAUCCAAACUUUGUUUACCGAUUUACUGCCAUGUCAAUAGUGUGAUUGUUUGUGUUUUGGCUUAAAACUGGACCUCAAUGUCUGCGGUAUUUUUAUGCCUUUUUAUUUGAUGUGCAUAACUUAAUAUUUCGAUAAUUGAUUUAUGUACGGUAUUUGAAUAUGUGUACUGUUAACUCACCUAUUUAUAUCAGUGGAUGUGUUUUAUUAUAGCGAGAGACAAAUUGCUACAAGUUCGCCAAUUUGAAAGUACAAUAAAGAUACACUGAAGGAAA